AUGACGAGCGUUUUCGGAACUGUGCCCAAGAGGGACCGCAAGAGAUUCAGACAGACACUUCUGACAUUUUCUGCUCUUCCAAAAUCAAACCCAGGCCCCGAGAAAUCGCCCCGCCUUCCAGACGAUUCAAAGAGUAUCACAAAACCAGCCCGAGCACCCUCCUUGCCGGCUGAGAUAUGGCACCGUAUUCUUGAACCGCUGAGUCCUUUGGCUCUGAAAACAAUGCGACUAGUGUGUCGAGACUGGGCUGCCAUAGGCGUUGAUUUCUUGUUCAGCACGGUAUAUCUGAACAGUUAUGAGAAAUCCUGGGCCGGACUGCAGGGUCUUUGCAACUCCACCUAUGCUCAUUGUGUAAGAAGAAUUGUAUGGAACCCGCUGGUAUUAUCUGAAGAAUGUCUCGACGGCCCAGUUUGGAGGCUCAGGUAUCGAAAUCUUAUCGAAGGGUUGAGUCAAUCUGAGAUUGUCGCCCUUCAUCGGGAAUACAUUAGGGUGUAUUCAAAAAGGAGAGACUUACUCCGAUCCUCAGCAAUUGGACCUAUAUCGAACGCCCUUCGAAACCUUCCCAACUGCUACGAAUGUAUCAUAUCGGAUGACUAUGAUUUGGAGGCAACCUGCCUUGAUCCGUGCAUGAGAAAGAAGAUCCAGAGACUCCUAUGGGAUCUUCCAGGUUACGCCACAUGGGGACUGCGGCCAAAAUGGUCGAAUGUUGACGAUGAAUUUGGGCCUCGGGGUCCCCCCAACAAGAACGACGAGGAUGGUCGCAUAUUGCGAACUGGCUUAGAAAUAUUUGAACUGAUCCAAUGCUCUGCCUCUAUUAAGCGCCUGUCUGUUGAAUUUUGGGACGAGAAUUGGCUUCGCAUGACAGAAGCGCGAGACAAGGUUCCGCGAUGCUCACUUGCAGUGCACGGAUUCACCAUCCAUCGCGUUUCCCCCUCGACCAUCGAGAACAUUGCAAUCCGGCUAAAACAUUGUAAGGGACCCUGGGUACCUGUCAGGAGCGAUCAUCUUGCAUGGAUGCUUGAGGAUACUUUCGGAGGCAUGUCCUCGUUUCCCGCCUUACGGGAAUUGUCGUUCGAGCCCAUUUACACCGACCCAGGCCCAUGGUUCAUGCAGGGCAAAUACGAGGCAACAGAAGAUGAAAGCUCUUCAGAGCAAAAUGAGGACGAUUCCUCGGAUGGGUCCCGCAAAUCGUCAGGAGUUCAUUACACGCUGACUCAGUUGGAAGAAGCAUACAUACCGCCACCUGGCCUUACACUGAACGAGAUGCAUUCACUAAAUGCAAAGUUGGAUCUGGGCCUUGUCAAGCUUCCAAAGCUGGAAAAGCUCGUGUUGACCAAUAUCACGCUUGAUGCGAGAUGCCUCCUACUGUGGCUAUGUGAACAAGAGCAACUACCCGUUUCCGGACUCUCGAUUUGCUUACAAGGCACCACGUUUCUGUUUGACCUCGACCCGAAGACUCUUUUUCAAGGACUUACUCAGCUCAAUGUCACUUUGUGCUAUGACCCUGAGAGGACAUUCCAUUACCCGCCUUCACCGGCUGGUCUUGUGGACGAACUCGAUGGAAACAAGGCCGAGUAUAUUUCUACAUGGGGCGCCGGUCAAACGUCCUGGUCAAAGUAUGCUGUCGAUGAGCUAGCAUGGGAUACUCUUCCAACCCAAAUGCCGGCAUUUCCAAGUCCUGAAACUGUUUCUGCUGGAGUUAUUGAAUUUCGGCGCCGCCCGAGUGCUUUUAUGUCCAUCCAGAACGCAUUCCGCCAUCAGAAGCCAGACAUCGAGGUUUUCUACUACUCCAUGCCUGGGAUUGAGGGCGGUAUCUGCGACUGGUUCGAUAACACAACAGAUCGGCCUGGGUCUUUGACCAUCCUCGUAUACAGAACGCAUUGGGAAUAUUGGCCUGAUCCAGAUGCCGGCUAUUUUAGUGAAGAAUUCGAGAAUGAAAUACUCAGUCAUACCACCGACCUCUAUCACGAGGCGAGAGAACUCGAAUGGCAAGAACAGCAACCACUGAUGCAAUAUGAGAGAGAGUUGCUUGGAUUGGAUAUCAUGAGAUACCUCUACUAUGAGGAACUCCAAGAUGUGUCCAUAACAGGAGCCCCUCUCUAG